AUGGCAAAAAGAUUGACUGAAGAAAUGGUAAUAGCCAGGACAAAAAUCUCUGAUCUUGGAAAAAUUAAACGAUUGAAUUGUUGGGGCAGUGAACUAGUGGAUGUUUCACUAUUGAGAAAAAUGCCCUCAGUUGAAGUUUUAUCAUUGAGCAUAAAUAAAAUCAACACGUUGGCGGAUUUUCAAUUCUGCAAGAGGCUAGAAGAACUGUACAUAAGACAAAAUGAAAUUCGAGAAAUCAGCGAUGUUGUAUACCUCCAAAACUUGCCCAACUUAAAGAACCUAUGGCUGAGCGAAAAUCCAUGUGCAAAUUCAGAAGGUUACCGUCUGGCCGUCAUAAAGUCGCUGCCGCAGCUCCAGAAGCUCGACAACGUCCAAAUAACGCCCGAGGAGUACCGCGACGCGCAGAGGAGAGGCGCCACGCUGCGUCACCCCGACGAGGAGGAGGAGGAGGUGGAGGCCGUGGAGGCGAGCGACGACGACUGCGCCCCCGGUCGCGGCCAAGUUUCUCCUCCCAGGCAGCGGUACGGAGGGUAUGCGGAGGAGGAGGAGAUCGAGUACGUGCCGACCGAGAGGAGUCCGGUACGGAUAGAGACACCUGAUCCUGAGGAAGCUGAAGAAAUCGAGGAUGUAUACCCCAGAGAAGAUGUAUCUGAAGAGAGCAGAGAGUUCUCCCCACCUAGGCAGACCACUCCUCCAAGAAGAAGAAUGAUUUAUUCGCCUGAACCGGAAUAUGUUGAAAGGAGGAGGAACAGCUAUGAAAGAGAAUCUCCUAGACAGCAACAGUACUACGAGAAAUCCUCAUCUACUAACCAAUCAUUGGAAGAGGUGCUACCCUGCGAAACCGUAUUCAGGGAAACUAAAAUAGUCAAUAGCCAAUCAGCUAGCUGUAUCAAGGAAUACGCUAAUGGAGAAAGAUAUGUUCCUUCUCAUGGCGGCAGCGAGGUAUCAGUCUCAACUGCCCACGAAAAAAGGGAGAGGUACACCUGUCCUGCCGCAGUGCACAGACCACCUUUUACUAGAAGACCAGUGACCAGAAAUUCGAAUAUUCUUUCCGCUGUUCUAUGCCUGGUGAAAGAGUUGGACUAUCCGAGUUUGGAAGUUGUAGAGAUGGCGGUGAGGUGUAGAAUGGACGAACUGGAUGAGUGA